AUGUUGGGCUCCCCGAUACCUAUUCUGGAACCGUACCAUAAAGGUGAGAAGAACUUGUCAGUGGUUGGGCGACGACCUGUGGUGAAAGCUAAGCUCGCCGUGGCAUGGCUGCUUAGUUUGGGGAAAAGUCUUCUUGCCACUCCAGCAUAUUCACUGCCUCAGUACCCUGCACACUGGGUCCUGCCGUCUCAGACUUCGGACGGUAUGGCGACCGGUGAGAGGCGAUCAAAUCUCAGGUUGCUCAGGACGUCAUUGAUUCUGGACAAAGGCGACACGCGCACGACUCGCCAUGGAGACUGUCUCAGACUGUGUACUUACAACGCGAGAACAGUUUCCACAGACGCUGACCUGCAUGCCUUUCUCGGAGCUGCAGAGCGUAUCAAAUUUCACGUGAUUGCUCUGCAGGAGACCAAGUGCAGAAGGAGCGACGUACGACAGAUGAAUGACAGUACACUCGUCAUUCGUGGAGAGAAGGUUCCGUCGCGAAAUGUAGGCGGUGUUGGUUUUGUUGUGCACCCAUCUGUCGUCCAUCUCGUCGAUUCUCACGAGAUCCUGUCACCUCGUCUGGCCAUUCUUCGCCUCCGCCCUCUGCGCCAAAAAUCCAUCAGUAUCAUCAACUGCUACUCACCAACAUCAGCAGCUGAUGAAUCCGAAUUGGAAGCGUUUUACGAGGAGCUGGAGGAAGUAGUCCGCAACGAGAAGUCCUUCUACAAAUUCGUUGUCGGAGACUUCAACGCAAAACUAGGAAAGGCCACAGAAGAGGAAUACAGGAUUGGAAGAUUUGGACUAGGAGAUCGGAAUGAAAAUGGCAAUAGUCCCGCUGGGCUGUUGUCCGCCGCUCGCCUCUUUCAGGGGAACUCUCUUUCCACGAAAAAAGAUCAUCGUCGGUGGACAUGGGAGUCGCCCAAUGGCGCGACUCUGGUUCUGAUCACCGUCUCCUUCGUGCGAAAAUACGUCUUAGCCACACGAUGGAAAAGAACAUCUGCUAUCGGCAACGAAGGAGAAAAGAAGUCGUCUACGAGGAGUCGAGGAUUACGAGCCUGUGCUGAACGCGCCUCGAAGCCCCGCACGACAAACUUGGAUCGAAUUUCGAAGACCACUAAGGAAUUGUUGGAAAGAAGAAGGGCUUUGAGGCUUGAUCCGAAUGCGUCGCACAUUGAGCGGUUAGUAGUAGCAAACACUAGCUGCAGAAAAGCGUUGCAGGAGGAUCUUAUGAAGUACAGGCAGAAGAAGAUUCUGGAAGCAGCACAAAGAAGAACAAGUCUAAAGAAGUGCCGCAGGGAUCUCCGCGAAUAUAAUAUUCCGCUAGCAACCUUGCUGAGCGAAGACGGGUCUUCUCGUCGUGAGAUGGAAAUCAUAAAGGAGAGGUUCUACUCGAACCUUUUCCGUUCAUCAACUCCUAUGUCAAGCCCGAUCAUCCCCACUGGCGAAGCUCCACCACGGAUUCUCCCUUCGGAAGUACGAGUCGCUAUCAAGGGCAUGAAACCUGGCACAGCCCCCGGACCUGAUUUUAUAUCAGCAGACUUUCUUCGGGCUGGUGGCCAUCCGCUUCAUAAAGGUGACCGAGAGGACCUUCGGAACUACCGUCCGAUAUGCUUGCUGAGCGUGUUAUACAAAGUAUUCACCAAGAUCAUCCUCACCCGCAUAUCUAGGACGCUGGAUGAAGCCCAGCCUCAAGAACAAGCUGGAUUCCGCCAGGGGUUGAGCUGCUUGGACCACAUCCAGACCGUGUCGAGGGUCAUAGAGGUUUGCCGGGAAUACCGCCUGCCCCUUGUUCUAACCUUCGUCGACUAUGAGAAAGCCUUUGACAGCGUAGAAACGAAUGCAAUACUGUCAGCGCUGGUCGACCAAGGUGUGGACGCGUCGUAUGUGAGGACAUUAGCCAAUUGCUACGAUCGAUGCACGACUAGGAUACAGCUUUUCCACCGCCCUCUCACCAUACCCAUUGGAAAGGGGGUACGACAAGGCGAUACUAUAUCGCCGAAGCUGUUCACGGCUGCAUUGCAAUGGAUAAUGAAAUCACUAUCCUGGGAAGAAAGGGGCAUACGUGUUGAUGGAAGAUUUCUCUCGAACCUUCGUUUCGCGGACGACAUCGUUCUCUUUUCGAGCACUACCAACGAAGCAGAAACGAUGCUCAACGAAUUGAACGAAGCAGGGAAGAGAAUAGGACUGCGAAUAAACAGAAAGAAGACACAGUUCAUGAAGAACGCCUACUGCGAGGGCGGAGGAGUACAACUUGAAGGCUCCCAAAUCGUGGAAACUCCGUCAUACGUAUAA